AAGAUUUUUUAUAAAAAGACUUUAAAAUAAUUUCCUAUGGUUUUAUAUUUAAAACCACCUUUAUAUGAGGGACAUAUAUGGUUACCAUGUUAUACACGUUUUUUACUUGGUUUAAGUGCAUCAUCAGCAUUACUUAUGAAUCUUCGUAGAGCAGAUUUAUUGAGUAUUGUAGGAGAAUUAACGGCAUUUCCUUAUUUUUUACAGCAAUUACAUAAGAAAAUGUUAAUGAAUUCUACAGGACGACGUAUAUUAUUUGAACGUCCAAGAAUGACUUUAAUUACUUUAAAUCCUAAGUUUCUUCAUACUUUACCCGAUAAUACAUUAGGUAAAAUAUAUAUUAAAUGGAUGGAUACAUAUAAAUUUAUACCGGGUUUACGUUCUUCUGUACGCUAUAUUAAUCAUGAAGAAUGGGCUUAUGUUAUGCAACGUUAUCGAGAAUCGCAUGAUUUUUAUCAUAUAUUAAUGGGUUUACCAGCAAGUGUAGAAGGGGAGAUUCUUUUAAAAUGGUUUGAAUGGGCUAAUAUGGGACUUCCAAUUGCAAUAUUAAGUGCGAUUUUUGGGUCAUUUUCUUUAUUUUUUAAAAAAAAAUGUAAAAAUAUAUCAUAUCCAUUAAUAAAAUGGGCAAUUCAAAAUGGACAACAAGCACAUGAAUCAAUGAUAAAUAUAUAUUGGGAAAAAGAAUUAAAAACGGAUAUAAAUAUUUUAAGGAAAAGAAUAGGUAUUAUUCCGUAUGAUUUAAGAAAUAGUAAAUCAAAUCAAAUCAAUUCAAUUCAAUUCAAAUAAAAUAAAUUGAAGUUAUAAUAUAAAAUUGAAAUUAUAA